ACAUGAUUAUAGAUAAGUUGCCUGUAAAUUGCUCUUGCAACUUGUCAUUUGUCUUUUCCUGUUAACGGUCUCUGGCUUCCCUCGCAGUUCAGAGCUUGGUUGAUAAGUUAUCUGUCUGUUUAUCAGUAAGUGUUGUUACAUUGUAUAUAUGUAUAUAUAGUGAAAUAUUAUAUAUAUAUAGGAUGUUAGUAUAUAUUUCAAACUAUACUGUUUCAUUUCAUGCGACUGUCCGCAAAUUGCUUGCGCAAAUAUUUUUCCAGCGUAAUUUAUUAACAGGUUUUUGCGCGAGCUUUGCCGCGGCAUUAGUGAAAGCGAGAAAGCAUCUUAACUAGAUUUUGUUGUACUGUAGAUUAUUUAUAUUUGAUGUUGGGAUUUUUAUUUAGAUAGGUUGUCUAUACUAGCGUGUGUCUUAGUCGGCAAACCCAAAUCACUGAAAAUGCUGUCGGGAAGAUUAAUUGCUGAAUCAAUGCUGAAAAACGAAUUUCUGAGUGUAGGGCCACCGAGAGAGAGAGAAGGGGGGGGGGGAUUUCCUCCCGAGCCCCCAGCUGAAAAGGGGCUCCUAUAGAACGACGGGCCAAAUUUUGCAUGGGUGGGGGCCAACAGGAGGACUGCUCCCCCCAGUAUAUAUGUUAAAAUAUGCCUUGAUUUGAAUUCUACCUAUCUCUAACAGAAACAUUCUCUCUUUUUCUCUAGGGCCACAAUCACACAUCAACAUCAAAAACCAGGCCUAAACUCAUAUUUCAAAUAUGACUGUUUCUAAUUUGACUAACAGUUCCUGUCCUGCGUUAGCAGAAGCCACGAAUGGUGAAAAAGCAGCGAAAACAUUGGCAUACGCUCUCGUCAUCUUCAUAGCGUUUCUCGGGAACGUUCUUGUAAUUGGCGUUGUUUACAAAAACAAAAAAAUGCGAACUAUCACGAAUUUUCAAAUCGUCAAUAUGUCUUUAGCUGAUAUAUUGAUCACUGUGGCCGCAAUGCCGGUAACGGUUUUUCAAAUAUACCAAGGAAGUCGUUGGCCUUUUGGAUUGGUCCCUUGUAAGCUGGUCGUUUUCCUGCAAGGUAGGUCUCAUUGAAAAUACUUUUAAAAAAUUUCCAUUUUAACUUAUUUGCAAUGGUUCCGUCCAGUGACGAGAUCUCAGAAAGAAUCUCAGAUCCCACUGUUCUCCAUGCCAUCCAGUCAUGAUCCAGUGAUCAGAAUGUUCCAUUGUCUUUUCAUUGUUUUGAAAAUCCCACUGUUCUCCAUGCCAUCCAGUCAUGAUCCAGUGAUCAGAAUGUUCCAUUGUCUUAUCAUUGUUUUGAAAAUCUCACUGUUCUCCAUGCCAUCCAGUCAUGAUCCAGUGAUCAGAUUGUUCCAUUGUCUUUUCAUUGUUUUGAAAAUCCCACUGUUCUCCAUGCCAUCCAAUCAUGAUCCAGUGAUCAGAAUGUUCCAUUGUCUUUUCAUUGUUUUGAAAAUCCCACUGUUCUCCAUGCCAUCCAGUCAUUUUCCAGUGAUCAGAUUGUUCCAUUGUCUUUUCAUUGUUUUGAAAAUCUCACUGUUCUCCAUGCCAUCCAAUCCUGAUCCAGUGAUCAGAAUGUUCCAUUGUUUUGAAAAUCUCACUGUUCUCCAUGCCAUCCAAUCAUGAUCCAGUGAUCAGAUUGUUCCAUUGUUUUGAAAAUCCCACUGUUCUCCGUGCCAUCCAAUCAUGAUACAGUGAUCAGAAUGUUCCAUCGUCUUUUCAUUGUUUUGAAAAUCCCACUGUUCUCAAUGUCAUCCAGUCAUGAUCCAGUGAUCAGAAUGUUCCAUUGUCUUAUCAUUGUUUUGAAAAUCUCACUGUUCUCCAUGCCAUCCAGUCAUGAUCCAGUGAUCAGAUUGUUCCAUUGUCUUUUCAUUGUUUUGAAAAUCCCACUGUUCUCCAUGCCAUCCAAUCAUGAUCCAGUGAUCAGAAUGUUCCAUCGUCUUUUCAUUGUUUUGAAAAUCCCACUGUUCUCCAUGUCAUCCAGUCAUGAUCCAGUGAUCAGAAUGUUCCAUUGUCUUUUCAUUCAUUGUCUUUUCAUUGUUUUGAAAAUCCCACUGUUCUCCAUGCCAUCCAGUCAUUUUCCAGUGAUCAGAUUGUUCCAUUGUCUUUUCAUUGUUUUGAAAAUCUCACUGUUCUCCAUGCCAUCCAAUCCUGAUCCAGUGAUCAGAAUGUUCCAUUGUUUUGAAAAUCUCACUGUUCUCCAUGCCAUCCAAUCAUGAUCCAGUGAUCAGAUUGUUCCAUUUUUCAUUGUUUUGAAAAUCCCACUGUUCUCCAUGUCAUCCAGUCAUGAUCCAGUGAUCAGAAUGUUCCAUUGUCUUUUCAUUGUUUUGAAAAUCUCACUGUUCUCCAUGCCAUCCAGUCAUGAUCCCGUGAUCAGAAUGUUCCAUUGUCUUUUCAUUGUUUGAAAAUCUCACUGUUCUCCAUGCUAUACAGUCACUUAAUGUCUUAUAAUUAACAAUUAUUGAAAUAUUUUUUAGGCAUUUCAGUAUCAUGCUCCGUAUUUACAAUGGCAUGCAUUGCUAUCGACAGAUUCUGUGCAAUCCUAUUCCCUUACAAGAGAUACAUAGACCAACGCCGUUGUAACAUCAUGAUUGGCUUAUGUUGGUUUUUGGCCGUUCUCCUCCAGUCCCCCACUUUAUAUGCGAUGAAGAUCAGUGUGGCGGCGAACCAAACUUCCUGCAUAGAAGACUGGGAACCACUCUUUGACAAUGAGUCAUCGCCUAAAAUAUACACUGUUAUCCUUUUUGUCUCCAUGUACAUGUUCCCUUUAUUGGUAAUCGCCAUUCUGUACACUGCUAUAAGUCAUUUCCUGUGGCGGCAUAAGACUCCAGGCAGUGAUGCGGCUAAGGCGCGAAAGGACAGGUCAAAAGCUGCCAAGGUUAUAAAAAUGCUGGUAAUAAUUGUCGUCAUUUUUGCGGUAUGUUGGUUGCCGAUAUUUGUGACACAAUUCGUGAUGUUUUUUGCUGAGCCAAAGUGUGGAGUUUCGCCGUCUCUCUCUUUCAUUGGUUUCUUUUUAUCUCACGCGAACUCGGCUGUUAACCCAGCAAUAUACGGGAUAUUUAAUGAUAAUUUUCGUGCUGGCUUCAAGCAAUUGUUGAGGUCUUGGUUUUGUCCUUGGUUACCUGUGUCACGAUUCACAAGUGACAGUGGUGAGAGUGCCGAGAUGCAGUCGACCCUGCGAAAGGCCUGAGAACGAGUUGGAUGUAAAGCCCAGGACAUUCUCGUACCCAGAGCCCUUACGCGCGUUCGACCGAGCGCGACGAGGGGCUCUGGUCAAAUCCAUAACCGGAU